AUGUAUUACCAGAAUUUUAUGAAAAGAUUUCCCAAUCUUGAAAAGCUCAUUUGUCAAUUAUAUCGUUCAGGAAACUCGUCUAGCAAUUUCUUUCCUAGUUUUGACUCUCUUAGUCAACUGAAUUCUCUCAAGAUUGGUGUCUCUGGGGAAUUGGUAGAUCCCUAUGGAUGGUUUUGAAGACUUUACAUAUCCGUUAAACCUCAAGAAAUUAACUUUAGCAUGUCUUGAACUCCCCUGGAGUAGAAUCUUAACUAUCAGCAGGUUAUCCAACCUUGAAGUUCUGAAACUCGAAGGAAAUGCCUUCAGAGGGAGACAAUGGGACGUUAAGGAUGGGGAAUUUCCUAACCUUAAAGUUUUGAAAUUAAAGGAUCUACGAAUCUCAGAAUGGACGGCCUCUGAUGACUCGUAUCCCAGCCUACAGAAAGUACUUGUGCAAUGGUGUUGGAACCUAGAGGAAAUCCCUGAGAGCUUCGGAAGCAAGUGUACGAUGCAAAUGAUUGAGGAGAUACUGCUGGUGUUGCUGGUUGUGAUUUAUUUGGCGGCGAUGCUAACAGGGCAGAGCUAGGUGCGGAACGGGGUUCAGCCAAAUCUUUUUGCCAAAAAUUACACUGUGUACAUAAGAUUAAAAUUUAUUUUCAUAUAUAUAGAUUAGAUGAUGAAUUUUCUUUUUCGCGUGUUUACUUUUUUUAAUUUUUAAAUAUUCUUGAUAAAAAUUCUGCAUCCGCCACUGAUUACUACUAGUAUGUUGCACUUGAUUGAAGUUGGUCAAUCUGUUGUUUAAAUCUCAGUGGCUAUCUUUUACGUUAUUUAUCUUUACUGAGUAUUAGGUGACUUAUAUGUUUCUUUUUUACUAUAUAUGCUUUUGAGUAUCAGGACAAACGAAAGCUAUCUUCUUCAAUUUCAUUGUCUCUGUACUUAAUUGGUAUUUUCCCAUCCCUUAUCCUUCCACUUUACAUGGCUAUUUGUAUACGGUUGAAAUCAGGUAUGCCCGAUUUCUCAAACUCGAGGGGUCGUCUUAAGUUCGAGUUCAGGCAAGGUCGAGUUCGAGCCCGAUGGAUCAGACUCGAGCUCGAAGAUGGGAUGCAAUGCCCGAAGAUCGAAGUACGAUGAAUACCGAAGCCGAGUAUGCUCGACCCCGAAAUAAUGCCGUUAUGGAUUUCUAACAGAAUGAGCGAGAUUCCGCCAC